UUUGUUUUUAGGAGUUUUUGAAACACUGAAGGAAUAUUUUGUCAUGUUGGGAACUUCCUGCAGCAGAAAAAGGUCCGAGAAGCUCAUUGGAUGGUAUGGGCCUGGUAGGCGUUCCAUGAUUGGCUGAGCAGCCUGUCCAUCAGAUCAGCAAUGUGGCUGUAGGCUGCAGACACAAACAUCCAGUCAGCCUGAUGGAGCUGCAGCAGACGCCUGAAGGAAGCUCUGUGUCCCUGCAGCAGGAUGGGCUCCAGCAGCUCCAGCAUCAACCACAUCCCCGACGCAGAAAAGCUCAUGCAGGAGACCGGCUUCUCUGCUGCUCACAUCUUCCGUCUGUAUGAGAGGUUCGAGGUUCUGGACAGAGAUGGGACGGGACAGCUCCGGCCCGAGGACUUCGGAGCCGUCCGGGAGCUGGCCAUGAACCCCAUCGGAGACAGAAUCAUCCGCGCCUUUUUCUCUCCAGGACAGGAAACGGUGGACUUUGCCGCCUUCGUUCGUAUUCUGGCUCAUUUCCGUCCGACAGUAACAAACUGGACCAGAGACGGAGCACAGACGGAGCCGGCCAACAGCAGGACCAGGAAACUCAAAUUUGCUUUCCAACUGUACGAUCAGGACCGAGACGGGAAGAUUUCCAGGGAAGAGCUUCUUGAGGUGCUGCGGAUGAUGCUCGGACUGCAGGUGACGGAGGAGCAGCUGCAGAGCAUUGCUGAGCGAGCCAUCCAGGAGGCUGACCUGGACCGAGACGACGCCAUCUCCUUUGACGAGUUCAGGAAGUCACUGGAGAAGGUGAAUAUCGAUCACAAGAUGAGUACUCGCUUCCUGAGUUAAAAACACAACCUGCUACAAUUUUUGGACUUCCCUGUUCAAGGUGAAAAGAAGACGUUUAGAUGUUUGUUUGUUUUUAAAACCUGCAGGAGGACACAGAGGACGAGUCUGAUGCGUCAUGUUUAAGGGCAGGAACAGACGACAUGUGGUCGUGUGUUUGGAGGACUUGUUGAAUUGAAGAGAUUUUUCAGACACUGCUAAAAAAUAUGAUGAAGCAAACCAGAGGAAACAUGAAGAAUGACUGAAAAGUGCUGCGUGUUUGUGCAGCUGCCAACUGAAGCAUGAGAGCUGCCUUGUGUUUGAAUAAGUAAUAAAGUUUAAUUUCAUGCCAAAACUGAUACCCAAACUCAGCACUAGCAGUUUGAUUUGGAGCUGAGAAAUGUGUCUGCAGCCUCCGCAGGACAGCAGGAAUGUUUUCAGAGACAAAGACUUCAAUGUGUGAGCAGCAAACAGUGUUCCACAAAUGUGGAAAAAAAAUCAAACUUUAAAGAUGAUUUCAGCUAGAUAUUUUUAUCAAAUGUUUCAUGAAUGUAAACGUUGGGACUCUUUGUGUGCAGUGAGGUUUGUUUGUGCUUUUUAAUUAAAUAACUCAUAUCAGUGUUUGUCUAUC